GUGCCGCCAACUCGCCACAGAUUUGACUUGGCAAAUGUAAAUCAGUGACUACCCUUAUACUAGUGCUCUUCGUGUAAGUUAAAAGCCGUGCGUGAGGUGCUUGCCACACCAGAGAGCCAGCCCAGCGUGACUCCACGCAACAGUGCUUACAAAAAUAAGGUCGAAGCAGGAGGCAAAAAUUUAAGUGCAUCUUGUUUUCAUUUCUUGUAAUGACUUCGAGUUGAACACGAUUUUCUCACGUUGUCUUGAGCUUUAUUUAUGCAAGGGAAAAAAUCUUGCAAUAUAAUUGUGUAAUAUUUAUACAUAUAACUUAGGAAAAUAAAAAUGGACUCUAUUUUAAGAUGGUUCUCAACGAUAGUGAACCAGGAUGUUUUUUAGUGACUGAGUGUUGAGAAGUGUUGAAUUAUCCAUCAAGAGGUGUGAUGUUGAGGUGGCGAGGCAGCCUCACCCAGGAGACAGUCAUGAUAAGUGAGCAUCUCAACUUAGUGAAGGCUUCCUAAUAAAGUCCUCAGAGGCUUUAGAGAGACAGUGUUAAUAUAGAGACUUCUUAGAAAUUCUUAGAACUUCAACAGCUGUAGUCCAACACCGUGAGAGGCAUCAUGAAUAUCAUAACAUAUGAAACUUCUUAAAAAGUUCCACUAGUGGCAAGAAAGCUCUAAAACAGAAAUUUAUCAGCACAGUGAAACGUCCCAUGGAACAUUACAGGAUAAGUAUUAACACUAGGAGAGCCAUAAUGGCGUCCAGGCCCCCUGGAAAAUGGUGCACUGGACACUGUGUACAGUGACGGGGUGUAGGUGAGGCACCACACUCUGUAAUCCCUCCGAGGGCAGUGACCGCCGCCAUGGACGGCCACAGGAGUGGGGACCUGACGGCACUGCAGUACAAUCAACGGUCAUCAAGAUCGCUGGGGCGGUGUUCAGUCUGCUGCUCACGUUUAGUUUCCAUGUUAUGCUCCAACCUUGGCGUCUGUGCCCUGGUGCUGCUGUACACGGUAGCUGGGGCCUUUGUCUUCACUACUAUUGAAGGUGGGGACAUGUCACUGCAGCUAGAUACAGGACCUGCACCACCUCGGGACUCAGCAGUGAUGGAGUCUAUUCGUCAACAUGCACGAGGCCUCCGCCACGAGACUGUGGAACACUUGUGGACUAUCACAGAGUCCCUUAACAUACUCUACCGCGAUAACUGGACCAGAGUAGCUGAACAGGAGCUUCUUAAGUUUAGCGAAAAGCUACUUAACAGACUGCAUGAAGAACAACCUCCGCCCAACCCCGCCCCAACCACCGCCCACGCCUCAUACCAAUGGACCUUCGCAGGCUCCUUCCUCUAUUCCCUCACCGUCAUCACAACAAUUGGUGGAGACCUUUUGUCGAGGGCGUUGAAGUGGUUGUGGUGGAGAAUGUGCCGCUGCCGCCGCCGGCCGCAGGUGCCCAGAGCUAACCACCAACCCACGGCACCGUACACCAGCGUCGACCCUGCUAAGGUAUAAACACAAACACUUGACGAUGUGUCGGAGUGGGCGCCUGUGACAAGCGGGGUUUCGCAAGGGUCAGUCCU